AUGAGUCAACUCCGCUUACACGUUGACGGACAAACAUUCCGAGAUUCUCUGAAUCGAGAAAUUAUCCUACGCGGAAUAAAUGUGGCAGGAGACGCUAAAUAUCCUCAAACUCCGGACCUCAGAUCGCACAACCCCCAGCAAUUCUUCGACGCAGAUGUAUCGUUUGUCGGAAAGCCGUUCUCCCUGGAAGAUGCCGACACACAUUUUAGACGUCUCCGACAAUGGGGUUACAACACCAUUAGAUAUAUCUUCACCUGGGAGGCAAUCGAACACGCUGGCCCUAAGAUAUACGACGAGGAAUGGAUCGAUUUUACCAUUGGUGUUCUUCGCGUCGCUAAGAAAUACCAGUUCUACAUUUUCAUGGAUCCGCAUCAAGACGUUACAGGGACGGAAGUUAUAGAUCCAAAGGGUGAACUGGCAUGGCUGUCCGCUGAAUACGACGAUUCUUACCAUGGCUGGUCCCGCGAUCCUGGAUGGAAGCUCGGUGAAUGCCUCUGGGCACAACAUGGAGUUUGGGAUUCAUCCAAAGGCCAGGAAAUCCUGCUACAAAAGGAUUACUUUUCACGCAACCCAUUGACAGGCGAGAAGCUUGACUACGAAGGCUUCACAAACUCUUACUUUUUAGACCAUUACCGAGCGUACAAGGACGCUAUUCGCAGCGUGUGUGGAAGUACUAUCAUGUUUUGCCAACCUCCUGUCAUGGAGUUGCCACCAAGCUCUAAGGGUACCGCCGAUGAUGAUCCGAAUAUGGUCCACGCAGUUCACUUCUAUGAUGGUCUGACUCUUCUAACAAAGCACUGGAACCGGCUCUACAACGUAGAUGUUAUUGGGGUGCUGCGGGGCAAAUAUUUUUCACCAGUAUUCGCAAUGAAGAUCGGCGAAAGAUCAAUUCGAAGAUGCCUACGUCAUCAACUCAAGUUCCUACGCGAUGAGAGUCUUCAACGAAUGGGUGUCCACCCCUUGAUCUUUACCGAGAUUGGCAUUCCGUAUGACAUGGAUAACAAAUAUGCAUAUAAAACUGGAGACUACCGCAGCCAGAUCAGAGCAAUGGAUGCAAACCAUUUUGCUUUAGAAGGUAGCAAGUCAAAUGGGUUUGCUUUGUGGGGCUACAUGGCAGCUCAUGACCAUGAAUGGGGCGAUCAAUGGAAUGGGGAAGAUCUUUCCAUAUUCUCACCAAAUGAUUUGGAAGCUCCUAUCAGAGCUUUUACCGAUCCAACAAGGCGCGGUUCCACAGGGCGGCCCAGAGAUCAUCUUAUCGACACGGAAGAUGAGACUUCUGAAUCGCUGAAGGCACUGACACCCCCAUCCACCUCAAGCAAUCUCUCUCGGGCUACCCUGCAGCCGCAGCAAGUUCACAGGGCAGCGGAAGCUUAUCUCCGACCCACCCCGAUCUAUAUAAACGGGCGUUUGAAGAGUUAUGGUUUUAAUUUGAAGAAGUGUACUUUCACCAUGAGAUUGAUUGCAAACCAGACUACACCUUCCGCGCCGAGUGAAAUAUACCUGCCUGGCUUUCAUUUUCCAAUUGGAGAGACAUCGGUUAUGGCCAGCGGAGGGAAGUGGGAGAUCUACAUUCUGGAAUUUCAUACGGUCAAGCUUCAAUACCUGCGAUGGUGGCAUGGCGAAGGGAAAGCGGAUAUCAAGAUUCGGAGGAAGAAACGCACGGGAGGGGAGUACGCCGCUCUGCAAAAACUGCACAAGACCCGAUGUAUGAUGAUGUGA